AUGUCCGCCUUCUCUCAUUUUGGCAACGGACCCACUCUCAGUUCAGUAAUUGCUGCUACUGCUGCUCCAAAAAGACAUGAUCCAUCUGCAUCGUUUAGCAGAAAGAGAUCAUUCGACGACCUACUGCUGCCCUCUUUGAAUUUCAAUUCACCGCGUUUGUGCUACAAAGAAAAACCAUACGUACUACAACCUUUGCUGGUCAACCAACCUGUGAGUAAGCGAGCUCGUACGGCUCCUGCAUCACCAGUCGGUGUUAAUCUACUAACACCAACUACGUCGCCCUUACUGACCAAGGUGAACAUUGCCUGUACGUCUCGCCCGGGCUUGCCUUCAGUCUUCAGCGGCAGUUUGACAACUGAUUCGCAGGAUAAACGCAAUACAAAUCCUGUAAAUGAGGAAAGUUAUGUUCCAGGACCUGUACCGGCCACAAAAUCCUCACAAUUUAAUGCUCACGGGCACUUCUCCUCGUAUACCUCCAUUCCUCUUCACCAAAACAGCGGGCGCGACGAAUCCGAUAGCGAUGAACAACCCUUUCGCUCACAUACCAGCUCGCAGUGCGAGGCUUUACCUUCCCUCAGACAUUUGCAGUUGCUUCCUCAUCCUAAAAUUCAAGAACAAUCUUACCGCUAUCCGGAUACCUCAGAAAACACACCAUUCUGGAGAGAAAAUCUUCUGAGCUGGUGCAAAAAUGAAAACUAUAGCGAUUACUUAACCAUCAGUCAAGAAGUCAAGAACACCAUACAAUACUCGCAGGCCCCCAGGUUGAGCACGCUGGCCAACGUCGCAUCGAUGUUGGAAACUGUGCCAUCGAUUUUGAAACCGUCGAAUGAGUUUUACGGUUUGUCCAAUACAGCUCCUUACCAGGGAGUUGUCACACCACCUAUGAGUCCGUGUAGCCCAAGCAUAUCUGUCAAGGACUCUUCAUCUUUCACACCUAUCAUGAGCGACAAAAUGAUUCAGUUUGUCAAGGAGAAAAGGACCAAGUCUCACAAGAAGACUAAUAGUUUUAAAGCUAGAGAGAUGAAGAAACUCUUGAGCAAUAGAGAUCUCUUCUCUCCCACUUCCAAGGCAAAGGUGACAAAAGUAAAACAAAGAACAAAGAGCAAGCCGAGUGCGCCACCUUCCCCACAACAGUAUAUUAUGAAAAUUAGCACUCUAGCAUCUCCCAAAAGUUUGACUAAGACACCAGGUGGUGAUAAUGCAGAGGAACCACAUGUCGACACGGCGCCAAUCCGUACUGGCACUCCCCCAAAGACCCACGUCUUUGCGCUCAACGAACCACAAACGCCGACUAGAGCCACUGACGUAAUCCCUGAACUGACCUCCCACAAAAGUAAAACGACCCCGGAGAGUCCCUUGGUAGGGGCUACCACUACAUCAACAAGAAAACCGUCGUCGCCAAAACGCGUCUCGAACAGAACGUGUAUUUCUUGUCUUGCAAGUGACUCUCCAUGCUGGCGGCCAUCCUGGACAAACAAGAAGCAAGAUCAGUUAUGCAACUCGUGUGGUCUUCGCUACAAAAAGACGCAAACACGAUGCCUCAAUGAUUCUUGUCGAAAGAUCCCUUCGAAGGGCGAACUUGCUAUCAUGAAGGCCAACGGCAUGUUAAGCACUGUGGGGUCAGGAGGUGAAACUAUCAGGGCGUUGGGUUGUCUGUUCUGUAACAGCCUAGUGGAGACCAAAGAAUGGCUCGAACACAAAUAA